CCGUUGUAUGUCCGCAGUCUCUGGUCAUCUCCUGUACUGUGUCCGCAGUCUCUGGUCCAUCCCCUGUACUGUGUCCGCAGUCUCUGGUCCAUCCCCUGUACUGUGUCCGCAGUCUCUGGUCCAUCCCCUGUACUGUGUCCGCAGUCUCUGGUCCAUCCCCUGUACUGUGUCCGCAGUCUCUGGUCCAUCCCCUGUACUGUGUCCGCAGUCUCUGGUCCAUCCCCUGUACUGUGUCCGCAGUCUCUGGUCCAUCCCCUGUAAUGUGUCCGCAGUCUCUGGUCCAUCCCCUGUAAUGUGUCCGCAGUCUCUGGUCCAUCCCCUGUAAUGUGUCCGCAGUCUCUGGUCCAUCCCCUGUAAUGUGUCCGCAGUCUCUGGUCCAUCCCCUGUAAUGUGUCCGCAGUCUCUGGUCCAUCCCCUGUAAUGUGUCCGCAGUCUCUGGUCCAUCCCCUGUAAUGUGUCCGCAGUCUCUGGUCCAUCCCCUGUAAUGUGUCCGCAGUCUCUGGUCCA